CGGCAGGCUAACGGGUUCUGUGUCGUUCUUGUUUUUCAUUUAUUCUAAUAAACGAGCUUGUUUAGUCACUAAUUUCUGUGAAAAUUAAAUGCAACUAUGGUGUUAAGUGUUACGAAUUGUUAAUUUAACGCAAUGGGAAUGCGGUGAUCAGUGAUAUUAUCGUUUACAAGUUGACGUUCAGUGAAGUAAUGGCGCUGGUACAAGUGUGCAAUAACAAAAUGUUUGUGUGAUUAUUGUUGACAGUGAAAUAAAUUACAUACGUAAUGCCUUCGACUAUCGGCUUGGUGUCGAGUGUAGCGGUGCGGUGAUGUUGGGCGCCCCAUGAGCCGGCUGCUGUGCUGGCUGUGCGCGCCCCCACGAGACAUGGGCGCCGCGCUAUCGCAUGCACAGGAUGGAGAGGCUUGCGACGGCGCCGGUCUGGCGGCUGCCCCGCCCACAAUGGCGGACGUCAUUAAAGAGAGGAAGAAGAAAGCGGGUGGGACGGGGCUGGGCACGCUGCGGAGGCGUAUAGCGGCCGCCGCCAGGCGCCCGAGGGAUUCCCGGCCUGACAGAGGAUGUGAGCACGCCCGCUAUAUCCGCUCGGUGGUGUCUCGUUGGCGACUCGCGGAGGUGUUCCUGUUGUGUGAGGAGUUGGAAGCUCUGGCGGCUCUGAGGGAUCUCGUGACACAAGCGGAACUAGCGCGAGAGCCCGCGCCCGCGCUACCCGCCGCUCUGGCGCGCGCCUACCAGGACAGAUGGUGGUGUGACGUGGAACUGGUGGGCGCCGGGUGGGCUCUGUGCGCCCACCGCUGCAUCCUCGUCGCCAGGUCCUCCUACUUCCGGCGGCUGCUCGCCAGAUACCCGCCAAGGCGGUUAUAUGUUCGAAAUAUGUUCACCGAAGGUGGAAUCAGCCUUCGAGGUCCAAUGAUCGAUCAUUCUAGAAGCGGAAGGGAGGUGUUACUUCAAGUUACAUCGACCAUGGUCACGGGCUACGUCUCAUCUUCUGAAAAAAAAAUCACUGGAUUGAAUUCCAUCGGACGCGGGUACUUUCCGCAGAUCGCCAUUUCUAUUCGCGGAUUGUGCGUGAGACGAUUGAAAUUAAAAAAACAUCACAACAAUUUCAAUCGCGAAGAUGGUUUUAAAUUAUCAACAACGUGGAAUCCAGUGAUAAAAAACUUUUCGCGGUUGCCGAACCACCAGAAUACGGCUGCGAUACAAAAUAGGGAUUCCGCCGGCGUGCCGCGUGCCGCUGGACGGCGGGCUGGCGGGCGCGUCGCGCGCAGCGCUGCACGCGGCGCUGUGCGCGCUGUACGCCGCCGGGGCCGCGUGCCCGCACCGCCGCGCCAACAACAUACUGUUGAUAUAUAUAAUUUGUAUAUAUUUGUAGAGUACGGGAACGCGGGCGUUGAUCUGGACAUCAUCAACGGUGAUAUCUCCAAUGGCGGAGGAGGGGGAGAGGGAGAGGAGGGAGACAGUUGCGGCUGCGCUGAAGGGGGAGGGGGACUCGCCGCCAAACUGGGGAUCUCCUGCGACUCGCUGCAUCGCGACAUGAGAUACCUGCUCGAGGCCGGUGAGAUGUCCGACUGCCGGCUGUCGUGGGGUGGGUACGAGCUCGCCGCCCAUCGGAUAGUUUUAGCCGCCAGGUCGAGAUAUUUCAGGAGCGUGAUGUGCCGGCUGGGCGGGGCGGGGGCGGGGGCGGGGGCGGGGCCGGGGGGCGCGGGCGUGGUGUGCGUGGACGAGAACGUGCUGCCGCGCAGGUUCGCCAGGGCGCUGCUGCACGCCGCCUACACCGACCAGGUACUGUACCCGCCCGGGUACACCGCCGUGCUCGACUGUACACGACCGGGUACACCGCUGUGCUUGCCUGUACACAGCCGGGUGGACCUGAGUCUAAUAGGCAGGAACUCAUCGUCUCCCUCCUCCACAACCACCAGUGGCAGCAGUACGCAGUCGUGGGGGGGCCGCGGGCGCGCCGCCUCCACGCAGGCGCUGGACGACGCCUUCCAGCUGUACGAGAUCGCCAGUUCCGCUAUAGGUGCUUCACCUAUCGACCACGAUGAUGUCUCAGGCCUCCUAGGGUUCGUUAGUUUGUCAAGACUUACCGCGGAAACCCAAGUUCCUGGAGAUGCCUAUCGUGGUGCAGGGCUGCGAGGACGCGAUAGUGGAGGCGCUCUCCCCCGACACCCUCCCCCACGUGCUGCGCUGGGCCUCCGCCCCCCACGCCUCCCACUGGGUGCACAGGCAGGCGAUGCGGUACCUGCGCGACGAGUUCGUGGCGGUGAUGUCGUCGCCGGCGGCGGCGCGGCUGCCGCGCUCGGCGCUGGCGGCGGCGGCGGCGUCCCCGCACCUGCAGGCCGCCGAGCCGCACGUGCUGCGCGCCCUCACGCGCUGGGCCGAGCGCCCGCCCGACGCCGCCGCGCCCGCCGCGCCCUCCACGCCGCCGCCCAGAGGUCAGUGAAACCCGCCGAUUACGCCGAUUUCGCCGAAUACGCCGACACGCCAACCACGCGUCCCACGCCGUCACCGAGAGGUCAGAGCACGUGGCCGCACGUUGCGUCGACCCCGCCGACUCCGCCGAUUUCGCCGAUCUCGCCGAUUUCAGUCGCCGCUGCCGCGAGGUAAUGGACGAGUAACGGCAUGUCUGCGAUUAAUAGUUUCGGAGAUGCUGUGCCGUGACAAAUUCAAACUGUGAAGUAACGUCGCAUAGUGCAUAGGUAACGUAUAUAAAAAAAACGUAUGAGCAUCUGAUUAAUAUUUGCGCGUAUGUGUUUGUAGUUUUCAUGAUGAAGGUUGUAUCAUUUUAUGUAAGUAAUUCGGUAUGUGUGUUAUUUGGUAUUUAUAAUAUUGACAUUUAAAUUUUUCAAGUAAAUUAUUGUAUAGAUUAAUAACUUCAUGAACAGUAAAUUUUUUUUUAGGCUAAACCGAAAUUUUAGUUUUUUUUUUUUACACAAGCUGGCACGUUGUUAUAAUUUAAUUCAUUUUAUUUACAUUAAUAUCAAUAUUCGGAGAGAAAUUUAUGAAAACUUUAAAUUAUUAUCUGAUAAAUAAUACGAGUUAAUGGUCAAAAGAGAGAGGGGGGGGGGGGGGGUAGAGUCUCGCGAUGGCGUGGCUAUGUCGUAGCGCUCAACGUUAUAAUGUACCAGGAUCCAAUAAGUCG